CCUUCUCCAUCUAGCCAUUGCCAAUCCCCACCUCCACUUCCUCACUCACAGAGAAGACAUCUCUUGUUCCCACAUCUCCAGCUACUACAAGCUCAACCACACCAGUACCAAGGCAGGCAGUCACCAUGGACGCUGUGGAGUCCUCCUCGCCCUAUUCGCCGCCGUCGCUGCGCCACAAGCUGCGGACAACCGUGUGCGGCUGCUUCGGCUCGCCGUCGUCGCCAGGCAGCGGCGCAGAGAGGCCACACACCCGCGGCGGCAGGAGCAGGUGGAGGCGACGCGUGACCGCCACGGGGGAGUUCAGGUACGACCCGCUCAGCUACGCGCUCAACUUCGACGGCGGCGGCAGCGACGACGGCGACGCCGACGCCGAGGACGCCGCCUUCCGGCACAGAAACUUCAGCUCGCGCCUGCCUCCCUCGCCGGUGCCGGCCUCCCGAGCCGUCGCAAUCGCCUGAAGUGAAUUGUAUACACGGAGAUGACGAAUUCGUUUGGUCGGGAAUUUAUGUUGGAUGAUGAACUGUGAACAAAGUUUACCUCUGUGAUGAUGAACCAACCACACGCAUGUGGAAUCAUCUCCCGUCGGCCGUCGCCAUCCACCGUGUGGGCUGCGCGUAUCCAACGAUGUACAGCACCUGGGUAAAAGGGUGUUGCCAAGGAUUAGCGAGUAGAGAACAGUUAGAAAUAUCGAACCAACCACACACACCAGACGAAUCUGAAGAAGAGAGCCAACUCCACUGAACCAUCUUCCUCUGCACUUCCUUUUCUUUCAGAAAAACAGGGGCAAACCGCGGUUGCAUUCAAAUGAGACUAUACGACCGGCCUCGGCCUCCACCUGUUUCGUAUUCACCCCAAGUUGAGUUCGGUCGGGCGCUGAACAUGCACGGUAUCAUCUCCGCUGUUUCGUAGAAACCACCCUUCCACGGGAUUACACUGUCUUUUUUUUACCUUUCUUUUUUGAAAAAUCCCAAGAUUCCACUGUUCGGUCUCCAACUGCGAACAAGCAAGAAUUCAAACGAAGGAAAUGGGCUGGCGGCCUGGCCCAAGAGGGCCGUUUGUCCACCAGCCCAGCUUGUAGGCCGCGAAUGGGAACUAGGUAGCCGUAGAGAGGAAAACUUGCAUAGAAGAAAGGCCAUUUGGUUGGCUUGUAAUCUUAGAACAAGGGUGAGGGAGGUUGGGUGGAAUUCCUCUGAAAUGCAAACCCUAGUGUAUCUUGAAUUCAAUGCACACUGGCUAUGAUCCCAUAGCUUAACUAGUAGUGCUAACAAUCUGGUAUUCAGAGACGUGUCUUGGCACUGCCAGGCAACAACCACUACACCCGCCACAAGGUUUGCCAGCAACGAGGGCUGAUUGAGGAGUUGAUAACAAUAGGAAGGCACAUCUAUGAUCUGC